ACAUAUUUUUUACGAAAUUUUACAAUUCGCUAUCGCUAUUCUCUAAACGACGCCAAGUAAUACUUCCAAACCGCACCAUAUCAAUCCGGAAGCAAAACUAUGAACAUUUUUAAUUUCGUACGACGUUCACUCCUACAAAAUUUUCAUAAAUUGAAUAAAUUGCAAGUGGCGACUGUGGCGUAUCAGUUUAAAAUGGAGCGACCCGUUUAUUACCCGGACCGACAAAGUGAAAUGCAGCGGUUUAACGAGCAGCAAAAAUCACAAUUGGUCGGCAAAGCACAGGAAAAGAAGAAACUUCCUAGAGAUUAUUACUACAAAAUACUUGGUGUAAAGCGGUACGCAACAAUGCAACAAAUAAAAGCGGCUUAUUAUGCACUUGCAAAACGCUUUCAUCCAGACGCAGGAAAUUCACCCCCCUAUGAGUCUAAACGCUUUCAAGAUAUUUCAAAUGCCUAUCACAUUCUCACUGACGAAACUAAACGUAUGGAGUACGAUCAACUUGGCAUGGUAAAAGAUGAACAAAACUUUCUUCACAAAUUCAACAACAUGGGCACAGCAGUUCCCAAUCGCAAGGGUGAGGUUGUUCUGCCUACAACUCGAGAAGAGCUAAUCGAAAUGACGACGGGUGAGCCCCGAUUGGAGCUUACAUUUUUGGAAGCUGCGCAUGGCUUAAAAAAGAACAUUGAUUUACGCUUCCUGAAAAAAUGUCCAGCAUGCAACGGUAAAUCGCCACAACUAAUCAAUCGGAGCAAACCGGAACUUUGUAGAAAAUGCCAGGGUAUUGGAAAACUAACGAAGAAGACAGCUACAUAUACCAGUAUACAGCCUUGUGACCAAUGUCAUGGCAAGAGAUACAUUAACCGGAAUGAAUGUGAGACUUGCGACAACCGCGGAAUAGUUCUGGAGACUGUCCGCAUAGUAGCUCAAGUGCCUGCUGGAGUAAAACACGGUGAACUUAUACCUGUAGACAACCCUAAAACGAAACAACGUAUUAACUAUCGUGUACAAGUGCAACCCAGUGAUAUCUUCCAACGUGUUGGUAACAAUGUACUCUCCGACAAGUAUAUUACUAUUUCAGAGGCUGUGCUGGGAGGAAUUUUUAAAAUACGCGGCAUUUAUGAGGAACUAGAAGUUAAACUUGAGCCAGGAACUGAGAGUCAUACCACAAUAACCCUAAAAGGUAAGGGAAUCAGAACUCGCGAUGGCCCGGGAGAUCAUAUCAUUAACUUCAAAAUACGUGUACCACGGCAACUCAGCAUGAAACAACGCCAAUUGAUAAUGGCCCUAGCGAAGACGGAGGACCCUACAUUCGAACGAGCUAUUUAGUAAAGCGAAGAUAUGUAAUUCGAAGAGCAAGUACAUGGGAUCACCAGGAACUUGGGUUAUUGAGUUAAAAUUUUUAGGAACUCGAAAUUUCAAAAUCAUGUUAAGAACAAAUAUUUCAAUUGUUUUCUCGAAAAUCUAACAUUAAAACACAUAUUUUAUCUCUUGGAAA